UUUGGUUUGGGUGCUAAGGCCAGCACCUAAGACAUAUUUUAUUAAUUUUAAGGAUUUCCAGUGAACGAACCAACAAACGACAAAGAGAAAAGUUGUUGCUAUCCUGACGAAAUAUCUAACGAUAUAAUUAGUUUAUCGAUUAGCUUAAAGAAAAGGAUUCUGGGUGCUAACUUUUUAGACCUGCUUUACGAAAAUUUCCAAAUAAAUUAGUAUCUCUUCUUUCCAGAAUAUUAAAUUGAAGAAAAAGUUUCUCAUUAAUUUACAUUAUAUCAACUUUGUGAUAAUGGAUAUCAGUUUAAAUUUCAAAGAAGCUAUACAAUCUAUAUUACAACAUAAAAAUAUUGGCAAUUCAGAUAAAAGUAAUAUUUUGAAUCGGAUUAGAAAAAAACAUUCCUUUGUUACAUUGGUUAAACUUACAUGUAACCAAAUUAAUGAAUUUUAUAAUAUUAUACAGGAAAGUAGAAAAGCUUAUCAGAGUUUAUCUAAGCUUUUAAUUAAUAAAAGUUAUAUAUCCUAUAUAGAUAACAAUGAGACUGAUAUUCUAGCUCGAACAUUUGAAGAUGAAUGUUUACAAUUAUUAGAAGAAUUAAAAGAGUGGAUAAGUCAUUUAGAUAUACCUCAACAAAAUCAGGAGCACAAUAAAACAGUUAUAUCUAUUAUUGAAGAAUAUCUGAAAAGUAUUAGCAAAAUUUAUUCCAAACAAAAAAUUUUAAAAACCAAACAAACUAUAGCUAUAAGACAAGUAUUUAAAUUAAAAUCAUGGAAAAAACAAAUGAAUGAAGCUAAUAUACAACACUUCAAAUAUGAUGCAUACAGUAAGAAUACUGCUGACAAUAUUAAAGUUAAUUCCUUUGAAAUUCAAGAAAUUAAUGGUGAUACUCGUCAAACAAUUGAUCUAAAUCAUGAGCAACUAGAACCAAAUGAUAUUCAACUAUUCGAAAGUGAAAAUGAACAACUCUAUAAUGAACUCAAUACUUUAACAGAAGAAAUAAAAGAAAUUGAAAAUAAAGUAGUGUCAAUUUCAGAAUUGCAAAAUGUCUUUUCAGAAAAAGUUUUAGAUCAAGAAAAGAAUUUGGAAUAUAUAUUAACAACAGUUGCUGGUUCUACUGAAAAUGUAAAAGAAGCUAACGAACAAAUUCGAAAUGCGAUUCAAAGGAAUGCUGGAUUCAGAGUGUGGAUUUUAUUUUUCCUUAUAGUUUUGUCAUUCAGUCUCAUAUUUUUAGACUGGUAUAAACCAUAGAACAUUCCUAUAAUCAUGAAAUACACAUAAUUAAAAAUUAUAUUUGAGCAAGUUUUGAUUUUAUUUAAUAGAGUGCUACAAUAAAUACUUAUUAAUAAAUAAAACUGGUAUGUUGUAAUUUAUAAUAAUUGUGCCUUAUAUUGUUCCAUAUUUCAUUAUUGUAAGCAAUGUUAUAUUUAUUAAUACUUUUUUUAAUUAGUUUCAACUUUUGUUACAAAAUUUAUUAACCUUCAGGUUACCUGAAUAACAUAUAUCAUAAUUUACUAUUUAAAUAUUGUGAACCUAAAUUAUGUAUCAGAAAUAAAAAUUUUGCUUGUAAAUUUUAAAAUUAUUUUCCAAUUUAGAUCAUGUUCAUCCUCUGUGGUUCAUUGGA